AUGGGAUCGAGACUUGGCUUCAUUGUCUCGCUGGUCUCAACUGAUAAUUCGGACGAGUCUGUGGAGCGAGUGUCUGAUCUACUGGGGAGAACACCACAACUACUUCUCAAUACAUGUGGUGAGCUUGGGAGAAGCUCUGUAGUGUUCUCUCCUCCGGAAGAAUCAAUGUCGUCAGAGGAUGAAAGUGCCUCUAAUAUCAUGGAUAUGGACGACAACGACGACUUAUUGAGUCGAGAAGAUGGAAAUCCAGAGUUUGAAGAGAAGCCCCUGAUCUUACUUCGAUAUUUCCCCAUUCUCCAAGAUUUGUUAGACGAGGCGAAACAAUCUUGCAAAUGUCUCACCUGUGCCAAAGACUUAGCAGCCUUCUACUGGGACGAACACUGCCUCAGGUUUACUGCUUUUAUGGAGGUCAUGUUGUAUUUCAGUCACGGGAUAGCAGAUGCGUUUGGUGUACCGGAUAUCUCCGGCCGCGGCGCCACCACUUCUGGCGACUCCGGGGCAAUGGCCAUUCUUCUUGAUGCUAUUGACACUUGUCGCUUUGACCCUAGUAAUCUUGAAGGAAAGAUAGAGUGGCAUAUUCUCUUGUGUACAGUUUGCCAGAACUUCCUUGGCUGUCCACCUCUAGAUACGUUGACCGACGCAACCUUCAAUGACGGUCCUGUUGACACUCCUCUCCCUUUCAUCCAACACUUGGGGGCGACCAUAAUCGCUGUGCAGCAUGGUGAUCUCGCUGUUGUUGCACCAUGGAUUGAUUUUGCGCAGAAGCUCGACUAUCGCAGAUGCUUUCGACUGGAAGUUGUUCAAGGCCACAUUGGUAUCCCCAUUCAAGAAUCAGGAAAGGUACACUUCCAAGCAGUUGCACGGGAUACUGCGGUUAUCGAAACACAGCAUACCGAGGAUGUCAGUGACUAUGUAAGUAUGUUCGAGAUGCCUCUACAUGACAGUGGAUCAGAGAUUCAGAUUUCAACAGACAAAUGCAACGAGCGCCAUGAUUUUAUGCUUGUGUCAGUUGCGGCUACAAGAUACAAGCUAUUAAUGAGAGUGACCUCAGAAUCACACUCACGCAUGGUUGAUCCAAGUCGCCCGAUCAUUAAAAUGGCUCGAGGCAUAUACAACCGAAAAUGUAACCACUCUUCCGAUAAGGUCGGAGUGGUGCCUGACGGUCAUUCUGUGGAGCUUUACAGGUUCGACGACAUCCUUGGCAGAUGGGGUGCGAAAAUACCAAAGGUUGAUGAGGAAGCUACAUUAUCAGAGAGCACGAGAACCACUAGGUCCAAAGCUAAAGGGAAGGUUCUCAGUAACAGGGCGAAGGUCAUAUGCGUCUCGCAUAUACUGGAAUCAGACUUCAAACUUAACACAGCUCUCGCGCUUGAUGCCGACAAUCCCACAUUGCUCUGCACUGGUAACAUUUGUCUGACCUGUGCACUAAAGGAAAUGACAGACCUGUCACUUGGUGACUGGGAGAAGUCCUAUAGGAGGAGAAUUAUUAACUAUCAGCCAUCGAAAUCACUUAUCCAUAAGAACAGAUGCUAG